UAGGAUGGAAUAACAAUGCUGCCCAGUGCAAACAAUAAAUAAUUGGUGGCCCUGUUUUUGUCCGAGUAAUGUAAAUAUUGUAAUGCGGAAUUAGACGUCUCGCUUCGGAAGCGGAAUCCCAGAACCCGCAACUGACACCCAGCACUCGGCAACUCCCGGAAAAUGAAUGAUGCGGCGUACAGCGGUUUCCAUACACAGCUGCACUUUCCGAAUCCCUCGGACCUGUCGCUCUCCACUCCGGUCCACACUUUGGAGCCGGAUUCCACCUUUGGCGGGUUCUUUGACGACGAGUUUUCCCAAGCUCCCGCUGUGUGGAUCCCAGAUGGAGGUGGACUGCAGCUUAAAGCCAUUGAAGCGGAGGAACCGCCCGUUUCGAACCAAUCGCCAACGAUUCCCUUCGUCCAGAUCCAUACCACUGAUCUGCAGCAGCCAGAGAAAAGCUACCGGAACACCUUUCGGCGACGCACCGCCGAAAUUAAGUCCGAGGCGGAGCUGAUCAAAUCAGAGCUGGCGGAAGCUGCGGCUAAGGAGAGAUUAAAUGCCACCCCGACUCCUCCCACCAGAAACUCCAGUUGUCCGAGUGUGGAGGGGAAAGGGCAAGUGGUGUCGGAUGGUCCCACCGUGCUGCUAAGAUGUCCUAAUUGUCCCUUUCUAAGCAUCUGCCAGGUGAGGUUCCAGGAACACUUGAAUGUGGGGAACUGCUUCCAAACUAGCGAGCAACAGCGGAGAGAGUGUCCAGGCUGUCCAAACAUCUUCUACAGCAAUGAUGCCCUUAACAUGCACCUGUCCCUGGAUCACCAAGUGGAGCAGGCUGAUAUCAUGGCCGUUCGCAAUUCCAGCAAAGUUCCCGCUGUAAACCAGGAUCAGAUGCCUCAUCAAAUACCAAUCGGUACCCAAAACCACAACCAAUCUCAGAACACCAACGCACCCAAGAGCCGCAUUUUUAUUAAAAGCGUGGAGUGCUUGCGGGAGCCUCAAAAAGAUGCGAAUUCAGUCAAAGACUAUCCCCUUCUAAUGUCCGACAGUGAGUCGACAGGAGACAUCUUAGACCUGCUAGAGGAAGUGGUUGAGAAUGAUGAGCCCAACGAUAAAACGACACCACCGCCGCCCAAGUCAAGUCAGAAAAUUUCCAUUAAGAGCGUAGACGUACUGCGCGAGCCCGUCUUGCUUCCGUUUGACUGCCACCUUCCCAAUAAUCAGCUUAUGAUGGACAACAGCUUGUUGGACGUACCGGACGUUAGAGUCGGUCCCGAAGACGACAAAUUAAGACAACCUAAGAUCUACAUUCGUAAGCCAAUGGUGUCUUCCUCGAUGCCAAUGGGUUUAAAUGUGGGUGUGGAUUCCGCCGAUGCUGGAUUAUCUGGAGCUGUUUACACCGAUGUCUAUCAGGGAGAUGCUAUGCUUACGCCUACAUGUCCUCCAUUAGGAUACGAACCUAGCCUUGCCCCACUUGCCCAAAUGUGCUCCGAUGCCUUUUCUUUUGAUUCCGUUCUGAAUAGCAAUGGAGGUGCCUCUUCCGGCCUGGAUAACACGCGUUUUAGCGCCUUGGAUCUUGACUUUGGCGUUGAUUUUGUUUCAGAAGCCAAUAACGAAACUCUUAACACUGCUGCAUCUGUCCUACCGCCGUUGGAGCAACAGCCUGUCCAUCUGGAACAUUUUCUCUCCACCAAUACCCCCAGUGCGCCCAAGCAGAAGAUUUUCAUCAAGAACGUUGACAUUCUAAAGGCUCCCCAGAGGGGGACUCUGCAUUUGCGAACCGUGGACGAACUGAACCUGAUGAACCGCAACGAGGUGGAGCGCUUGAUAGUACCGAACCUGGAGCCCAUGACCAUGUCGAUGAUGGAGCUACCGCCCAUUCAGCACCCACCGCUGGCGUUAGAGCCACAUCCUAACCCGCUGCCGGAACUGCCGCCUUCGGUCAAUGGCAACUGGCCCAACGAGGAUGGCUACAACCUGAGCCAAGAUAUAGAGUGCUGGCCCUGGAUGGAAGAAGCACUGCCAGAGGCAGGCAUUGCCUUAGCUGCUCCUACCGAGUCUUCAGAUGCCCUCCAAAUUGAAAGCUUGAGUGAGGCUGCCAGCAACUUGCUGGUGAAAGACUUUCCCCAAAUCCAACAAACUACUUCCGAGGAGACUGCGAAUCCAACAGAAGAACCGGAAAUGCAACCUCUGGUCCCUGUUAAAGUUCCUGUACCCACCACAAGCACACUUCUCAAUACGACUCAUAAUCCUUUGCCCGUUCCACCAUUGGUUCCUCUGAUACCCGAAGCACCAAAUCUAUCUGAGAAGCAGGGACGCAUCUACGUGGCCAAUAACCUCCUACCGGCUGCAGUGGAGCCUCCGUUGUCGGGAGGAACUUCUGUGAGGGGACGGCCCUACGGGGCUAAGCAUUCCGGCGGUACUACACAUAGGAGGAAAGCACCACCCGGGUCCAAUCAAGUGAUCGAGGGUGGAAAGUGCCAAGUGGAGGGGUGCAUGUUCCGAUUCAAGUCACCGGCUACGUUAGAUUACCAUGGAAAAUGUCACAACGGUGCCGCUACCGACGGGCAUUCGGGAAUGAUCUGCCCGGAGUGCAAGUCAACGGAGUUCAGUAACUGGAACUGCCUGCACACGCACCUAUGGCGCGUCCACCAAAUCGAUAUGGAGCUUUACUGCUGCCAGCUGUGCAGCUUCAAGACCCCCAUAUAUUCCCGAUUGGUCAACACCCACGCCAAGAUCCAUUCCGAGGAGCGCAACUACAAGUGCGAGCAGUGCGGGAAGGGUUUCAAGAACACCAAACAGCUGAAGAACCACCGAAGGCUGCAUCGCACACAGGGGUUGGGCAUGGGGAAGCAGGCUCAUAAUCAGACUUCCAGUGAUGCCAACAAUGCAGUUCAGCUUCACCGCUGCGACGACUGUGGGAUAGCCUUCAAGCAACGGAAAACGCUAAGGGAACAUCUCUGUAAGGAGCGCAACGAGCAGUUGGAAUGCCCCGAGUGCCAGCAUGUUUUUGGGUCGAAGAGCAGCCUGCGUCUUCACAUGCAGAGCCACCAGGAUCGGAAACGCUUCCACUGUGAGGAGUGCGACUACGAAGCAAGCGAUCAUAACGCUUUCCGGCGCCAUCAAGCCACACACAAGGACCGGAAACGCUACGUUUGUCCUCACUGUGAUUUCCGAGCCAUUCAGAGUACAGCUUUCAAGAUCCACCUGCAGAAGCGCCAUCCCGAACAGGAACUAUCCUCAAUAAUAUACAAAUGCGACCAGUGCACCUUUUCCACCAUAAACCAUGGUCUGCUGCUAGUUCACCAGGCUAAGCAUGAAACUCCGAAUCCCGUUCAGAACCCUGUUCCAACUUCAGCGGCUCCUUCCUCCCAGAUUAAAGUGGAAACCAGUGCCAAGGUGGUGCUAGCACAUUCCAGUAGAAGCGCACCAAAGGCAUCACUGGCCAUGGGCAAACCAAGUGGCUUACAGGCUUUCUGAUUGUUUAUCCAAAAGCUAGGAGCUGCUGAAA